AUGGAUGCUCUUAUUUGGAAUAUAAGGUCAGUUAACAGUCAACAAGCAUUUGAAAGGCUGAUCAAAUUACAUAGAAAGAAUCACUAUGAAUUCAUUGGCUUAAUGGAACCCAUGCAACAAGCUAAAACAUUGGAAAGGUAUAGGAGUAGAAUUGGUUUUGCACAGGCAAUUGCUAAUGUAUCAAACAAGAUCUGGGCUUUCAUAGAUGAGAUAUAUGAGGUUACAGUAAUGUAUAACAUGGUGCAGCAACUUACUCUAAGGCUUCAUCACACAGAGACUCAUGUGGAUUUUGUCCUUACAUUGGUAUAUGCCAAGUGUGAUGCAACAGAGAGAAUUGAACUGUGGGACUCUCUAUACUAUAUAGCAGCUGACAUGACUGUACCAUGGUUGGUAGGUGGUGACUUUAAUGUCAUUUGGGAUGAAGAGGAAAAAUUUGGAGGUUUGCCAGUUCACAUUAAUGAAAUUGAUGACUUUAGGCAUUGUAUAAACACUUGCAAUCUGUCAGACCUGGGGUUCAAGGGAAGCAUUUUCACAUGGUGGAAUGGAAGAGCUGAGGAGGAUUGUAUAUUUAAGAGGUUGGAUAGAUGUGUAGCCAAUGCAGAAUUUCAACAGACAUUCCUAGGGAUUGAAGUGCAGCAUCUGCCAAAGACAGGAUCAGACCAUAGUCCUUUACAGCUCAAAUGUGAUAUAGAGAAUCCUCCUGUGAAGAAAUCAUUUAGAUUUUUGAACUUUUGGGUGGAACAUGAAACAUUUAAGGAAGUGGUAAAGGAUAACUGGAAAGCAGACUUCAGUGCAAAUCCAUUUGUACUUUUUAAUCAUAAAUUGAAGAAAAUCAAGAAAGCACUAUCAGUAUGGAGUAGGGGUACAUUUGGUGAUAUAUUUCAGAAGAUAGCCAGUUUAGAGGAAGUGGUGAUUGUUCAUGAAGCUGAAUUUGAAGCUAAUCCCACAAAGUUAAAUAGACAAAGGCUGUAG